CAGACACAGGAGGAGGGCAAGAGAGAAGGGAAAGGAGACGUGCGUUCCUGGGAUGGGGACAACGAGAGAUGAGACAGAAAAGAAAAAACAGGAUGAGAACAUGAAUCCUUAAGUGUUGAUGCAUGAAGAAGAAAACAGGGAUGGUGGGAGAAAGAAUAGUAAGUGACCAGUCAGUGUGUGCGCAACUUCGUUGUCUUUAGAAUAAAAGGAUGGGCGACAGUGCCACAGCAGCAAGACGGAGCAUGGUGGGGUUUAAAGAGUGUGUUUUCUAAAAGUAGUAGAGAAGGGCUGAGAGAGUGUAUCCUUAGGAACGGGAGUCUGGAAAAAGGGAAGGGCCUUGGUCUCCUCCUCUCCAGCUGACAAAAACAGCUGCCCAGGAGCCUGCUCAGAGAGGGGAAGGAGGUGAGAGGAAGACUUAAACGGCAGAGAGACGGACAGAAGAGGGAGAGUCCUGGACUCCAGCCACCUAUAUGGGUUGUGUCCUGAGCUCGGACUGGUGUGGGGAGGGAGAGGUGCAACCAGUGCCAGUGAUCCGAAGCUCAUCGGUAAAAAGAAGGAGUUUGGAGAGGAGUGACAGCACCAGGAUGAGGCUCACAAAGGUUGGGAAGGGAGAACCCCACAUCUUUAAGGAAAAGACAUUCAAGAAGAAGCGGCAAUGCAGCGUGUGUCGACAGAACAUCGACAAUGUGGGCUCAUUGUGCAGAGGAUGCAAAACAGCCACCCACCGGAAGUGUGAGGGCAAGGUGAACUCUAUGUGUGUUCAAGCUCCCUCCAACGAUCUGCCGCGUAGAGGGACAGCUCCUUCUAGACACAACCAGCACAUGGGAUCAACCAAGUCCCUAACCUACACAAAACAGAGGAACACCCUUCCAAGGAGCUUCAGUGUGGACCGUGUGAUGGAGCGCGUGAUGGAGCGAAACUAUGACUUCGACCUGACUUACAUCACGGAGAGGAUCAUCUCCGUCUUCUUUCCUCCAAAGUUAGAAGAGCAAAGAUACCGGCUCAACCUAAAGGAAGUGGCUGCCAUGCUCAAAUCCAAACAUCAAGACAAGUUUCUGCUCUUGAAUCUCUCCGAAAGACGCCAUGACAUCACCCGACUAAAUCCUAAGGUCCACGACUUCGGCUGGCCUGACCUCCAUGCCCCUCCACUGGAUAAGAUCUGUGCCAUAUGCAAGGCCAUGGAGAACUGGCUAACCUCUGACCCCCAGCACGUGGUGGUCCUACACUGCAAGGGCAACAAAGGGAAAACAGGCGUGAUUAUUGCAGCCUACAUGCACUACAGCAAGAUCUCUGCAGGAGCGGACCAGGCUCUCACUACUCUUGCCAUGAGGAAGUUCUGUGAAGAUAAGGUGUCCUCUUCCCUCCAGCCAUCCCAAAACAGGUAUAUCUAUUACUUUGGAGGCCUUCUCUCUGGGGCAAUAAAGAUGAACAGCAGCCCUCUCUUCCUGCAUCAAGUCCUCAUCCCAUCACUACCUAACUUCCAGGGUGAAGGAGGUUACCACCCCUUCUUGAAGAUUUAUCAGUCCAUGCAGUUGGUCUACACUUCAGGCAUAUAUGACCUUCAAGGCACAGGGGGGAGGCGGCUGUGUGUGACCAUCGAACCAGCUUUGUUGCUAAAAGGUGACAUCAUGGUGAAAUGCUAUCAUAGGCGACUGCACAGUACGGACAGAGACACAGUGUUCAGGCUGCAGUUCCACACCUGCACCUUCCAUGGAUCCCAGCUGUGGUUUGGAAAAGGGGAACUGGAUGAAGCUUUUACUGAUGAACGUUUUCCAUCCGAUGCCACUGUAGAGUUUGUCUUCUCUUCAGGACCUGAGCGAGUCAAAGGCCGUGAAUACCACAAAAACGACCCAGCAGUCACUGUGGACUACAACACAUCUGACCCGGUGGUUCGUUGGGACUCCUAUGAGAACUUCAACCAGCGGUAUCAGGACAGUCUGGAGGAUAUUGGCCAUACCCGAGGUCCUUUGGAUGGGAGUCUAUAUGCUCAGAUAAAGAAGCGCCGGGGACCCAGCUCUGGUUCUCUGACGUCAACCAAUGGCAGCAGCCCAGGUGGGGCCCCUGCAGAAGACAGACCCGAUCAUCUGAUCCCUCAAGGUUCUGACUCCGGUCUUUCAGCUCAUUCCCUCCACUUGAACCAAUCAUCUAUUCAUUCUGACCACCCAGAGGAACCUGUUCGUCCCCCUCCCCCUACCAGACAGGAAAGAGAGGACCUGGAUCGUCUUCUUGGUGGGAUUGAGGGAAACCAAGAUGGUGAGCGAGAGACCGCCAUUUUAGAUGAUGGAGAUUCCUGGCCCCCGGAGAGAACUGGGACACUGAGGCUCAGUCGGUCAUGUUCUUGUAGGGAUGGUUACAGGUCUCAGCGCUGCGCUGAACCGGGUUGUGACCGCACCCUCCUCAUGCCAAAUGGCUACUGCCUCGAUCGAGCUCCCGGCACUAACGGGCACCUUGGGUCAACCCCUUCCACCAGUCCAAACCCAGCCGGUCCUCCAUCACACAUGGAUAUGUGUCAGCAUUACAGCCAACAGACCCACCAAGCUCUUCCCCCACCAGAUCUAGUGUGGGACCGACAGAGCGGCGCACCUCACUGCUUACACCGUUCCUGUUCUGAGGCCCCUUUACCUCGACAUAUCUGUCCAUACCCAUCUCCAGACCUGACCCCUCAUUCUCAUAAUGCUUCUCACCACCAUCCAUUAUCUCCUGCUAGUCGACUUUGCUGUCGUGAAGAUGUCCCCUUCCAUCAUCCUCCCUCUCACAGUCUCCACCACACGCACCCAAACCACCCAAAGCCCUCCACCAGCCCCACUUACCAUGAUAUAAUGUUGAUGGAUAACUUACCGCCCCUGGGCUGUCCUUGUAGGGACUGCAGCAUUAGGAGAGAAGAUUCAGCAGCCUACCAUACUUUGAGGAUAGACCGUGGUGACAGCUUUCACUGGGACAGAGAGGCAGAUAUCCAACAGCGAGAGGCAAGACUGAGAAGAGCCAGGGAGACGGAAUUAACCAGAGGACCAGAGCUUCCCUGGGAAAGGGAUCCUGGGCUCAGACGAGACAGAGAGCUGUCACUCCACUGGGAGCGGGACCGAGAAGCCGAGCUGCAGUGGGAGAGAGAAAGGGAGGCAGAAUAUUGGCACAGGCGGGCCACUGUAGCUUCCUACGGCCUACAGGGACACGACCUGCCUGCCUUCAACUUCGACCCUUUGCCAUCAGGUCACCCAGCUUAUCCUGAAGCCUCGAGGUCACAUUCUCAUUCUCACCUGGAUCUGAAGUACAGCAGCAGCGGGUACCAAACACCACGACAAGUGUGCCCCUGCUCACCUUAUCAGCCUUCGCCCUCUGAGAGCAGAGGCUAUGCCUCUGGCUACCAGUCUGAGUCCACAUCCCCUCUGCCACCUCCUUCCUCCAUGGUAGGGAGCUGUAGCCACAGCAACGGACCAGCAGACCAUAACCCUAACCACCAUCACCACCAUGCGGACUCACAGCAGUCUUACAGCUCUGACUCACAUACUGAGGGCCUUCGUAGUUCUGGUGAGAGUGUGGGCUGGAGGGAUCACAUCACCCAGGGGUCCUUUAGGAGGGUCAACAGAGACGGCCAUGUGGCUUGCUCCACACCAUCCGAUAUGUCUGGGCCGCCCACACCUGUGCACACCAGUAGCCCGCUUCGCACCCAGGAGAGUCCCAUCCCAGGAGGCAGAGAUUAUGAAAUCCGGACAACAGACAUCAUCGGCAGUGACAGUGAAGGUUCCCCAGCCCAGGACGGACUAGUUGGUAACAGUAAUAUAACUCAGCAAUCUCCAGAAUGCCCACAAAAUAGCACCAAACAGGCAUCUUUAUCACCUACCAAAUCAGAUUCCCCAGGAGCAGGCCAUCCUCUCAGUACUGUACCUCACCAACACAGCACCAUAGAUGCCCCCUUAGCUGCUUCUUUAGACUUUGAGACAACAACCCCAAGAAACCAGGAGCACUGCCAGGUUCACGCCUCAUCAGCACCAAGCACACAUUCCCAGCCUGUCCCUCUCAAUCCUUCCCCACUCAGUCCAUCAGAAGCUGCUGCUGUCCCCUCAACGGUGGCCCAGCAUGUAGUCCAGACUAAGACCCAAACCCAAGCCAGUGGUCCUGCUGGACCUAGUUCAGCACAUGUGAAUGGAUCUUCACCAGUAAAGUCUAACCCAGAGAACUCUAAGCACCCCAUCUCUAACCCCCCAUCUGGUCCUACAACGUCAUGCCCACAGCCUGGUUCCAGCAGCAUGGAUGGCUCUCCUGUGUCAGACACCCCAGUUCCUGGUUUUGCAACUCUAGGUAGAAGGUUAAUGUUGAGCGGGUCAGAACCCCACCACUCACAUUGCCUACAGCACCAUGGACACCCUAAUCACCAUUAUGCAACUGUGGACCAUAGCGCUGUUCUGGACUCUAACAAGAGAAAUGGUUAUCUUGGUCCUACCCCACAUCUCCACCCAGCCUCCUACUCCAACUACUCUACCAUCUCAAUCCCUCUCCCACACCCACAGCCCCCUCUGCCAGAGAAACGGCAUCAGCCCACCCAGCCAGGCUCCCCCAGUGAGGGAGGGGGAUCAGCCGUGGGCCAGGGGCCUGCCUCCAGCUCCCAGCAUCAGCACCACGUCACAUUUUCUCCUACAGUGGGGAAAAUUGAACCACCUGCAGGUCAAAAUGAAGUGGAAGGCGGAACAGACACCCGAGUCAGUGUUAAGUUUGUCCAAGACAGUUCAAGAUUCUGGUACAAACCAGGCAUCUCCAGAGAGCAAGCAAUUGCAGCUUUGAAGGAGAGAGAGCCAGGAACCUUUCUGAUCAGGGACAGUAACUCCUUCCAGGGAGCUUAUGGUCUGGCCCUAAAGGUGGCUAUACCUCCACCCAAUGUGAACCUCAAUAGCAAGGCGAGUGAUCCACUGGAGCAGCUGGUGAGACAUUUCCUGAUAGAAACAGGCCCUCGGGGAGUUAAGAUCAAAGGGUGUCAGAACGAGCCCUACUUUGGGAGUCUGUCUGCAUUAGUCUAUCAGCACUCCAUCACACCCAUAUCUCUGCCCUGUGCUCUUAAAAUCCAAGAAAAAGAUCUUGUAGGAGAGGUGCAGGAGGUGCAACCAGUCAGCAACAUCAGCACAGCUGCAGACCUGCUGCGACAGGGAGCAGCCUGUAAUGUCCUCUACCUGAACUCUGUGGAAACCGAGUCACUUACCGGCCCCCAAGCAAUUGCCAAAGCAACAGAUGCAACCCUGGGUCGCCAUCCUCGGCCGUCAGCCACGGUGGUCCAGUUCAAGGUGACAUCACAGGGCAUCACGCUGACUGACAGCCAGCGAAGGGUUUUCUUUAGGAGACAUUACCCAGUGAACAGUGUUACCUUCAGCAGUGUUGACCCAAAGGACAGAAGGUGGACUAACUCUGACAACGCGGCUGUUAAGGUGUUUGGUUUUGUUGCUAAGAAACCAGGCAGCAUGGCAGAGAACGUGUGCCACCUUUUUGCAGAGCUGGACCCGGAGCAGCCUGCUUCUGCUAUCGUCAACUUUAUCAAUAAGGUCAUGCUAGCACAGCGCAGAUGAAGAAACCCAAGCAACUCUUUUCUACGGAACAUUUACAGCCCGUUAACGGCUUAUGACGGUGUUAUUUUGAUGAGAAGACUGUCCAUUGUUUCUGGUAGUGUGAGCCUCCAGAGAAGUGGCAUUCUGACAGAAACAGCACAAUCAUUUAUCAGGGGCUGUUAUCAAAAGGCGAGCUUUAAGCGUUAAGCAGCAGUUACCAGCUGUUACAUUUAGUCAGGGGAUACAUUAGCCAUCAUUUAAAACAACCUUGUUUUUUGU